UCGCUUGCCAAAACACGGAAGUAAACAGCUACAAGAGUACAAACUCCAAGGGACGCACACGUGUAGUUAUGUCAAGUGUGUUUACCUGACAGAUUUCACAAUUUGCGUUUGAAUGUCGCAAAUUUGAUCGUUGCGAAAUUAUCAGGCGCUCGCCGUUGUCGAUAAGUGCUUAGUGCGUUUUACGACAACAAAGACACAAGAGAUAUAAUAACCGUGAUAAAAUGAUGUGAUCAAAUGAGUUUUAUUCCCUAUAAAUAAAUAAAUAAGGAGUAUGAAGUCUUUUAAGUCUCCAGGGCGUCAUGGAUAUGCGGUGGAGUUUUCACCAUUUCUGCCUGCUACAGUCGCGUGCGCUUCAUCUCAAUAUUAUGGAAUAGCAGGAUGUGGGACACUUCUUGUGCUAGAGCAGAAUGAGGAAAAUAUUUCACUUGUGAGGAGUUUUGACUGGAAUGAUGGGCUAUUCGAUGUGACAUGGAGCGAGAACAAUGAACAUGUUAUGGUGACGGGAGGGGGUGAUGGAUCUUUGCAGAUCUGGGACACGGCCAAUCCUCAAGGUCUUCUACAGGUGCUGAAAGGUCACACACAAGAGGUGUAUGCAGUAGAUUGGAGUCAGACACGAGGGGAGAAUCUAGUGGUAUCAGGAUCAUGGGACCACACAGCAAAAGUGUGGGAUCCUGAACAAUGUCAGUUGGUGGGGACCCUGCAGGGUCACGAGGGGGUCAUUUACAGCACUAUCUGGUCUCCUCAUAUCCCAGCAUGCUUUGCAUCAGCCUCAGGGGAUGGGACCCUGAGAGUGUGGGAUGUGAAGGCAGGCGCGUGCAGGCUGGCCAUCCCUGCGCAUAAAGGCGAAAUACUGAGCUGUGAUUGGUGCAAAUAUGACCAGAAUGUUUUGGUCACUGGAGGUGUUGACUGCAGUCUUCGAGUGUGGGACCUACGAAACGUUCGGCAUCCUUUAGCUCAGAUGAUGGGCCAUUCCUACGCCAUCCGCAGAGUAAAGUUCUGCCCAUUUUACCAGACUGUUCUGGCAUCCUGCUCAUAUGAUUUUACUGUCAGAUUCUGGGAUUACUCCAAGAACCAGCCGCUGCUGGAAACACUGGAGCAUCACUCCGAGUUCGUGUGCGGCCUGGAUUUCAACCUGCACAUCCCUAACCAGGUUGUGGACUGUUCUUGGGAUGAGACCGUAAAACUCUUCACCCCUUCAUGCCUGACCUCUUUAUAGAGCAUGGUGUGCUACUGGAGAAAGAUAAUGGUAUAAGAUACGGCAUUGUUUCAGUCACAGGUGCCAAGAAUUCACAGCAUCCCGCUAAUGACUCUAUUAAAGCAAAACCCGAGAGACUCA